UUGAAACCGCGUUCACAGAUUCAAAGCAGCCCCAACUCCAGUCUCCGCCCUUUCCCCCAGCCGAGCACCAUGCCAGAAAAUGCACCAUAACUUAUCCCAAUAAAUCGUAACCCCCCUUCAAAUCUUCAGCCACUGAACCCCCUCUCCGCCUGAAAAAGCAACUCUAAAAGCCGUCUUGACUCGGCAGUACCCCUCCAGCAUCAGAUUUGAAAUCUAAAAUCUUGUUCAAAAGCUCAAAUGGCCAACCAUAAUGGUAGUUCAGCAGCUUUUGAAAGUAACAGUUCUAAAAAAGGCAAUAAUAGCAUCAAAGGAGUGCUUAUUCAUGGAGGCAGAUAUGUUAGAUAUAAUGUUUUCGGUAUCUUGUUUGAAGUCUCCAACAAAUAUGUCCCUCCCAUUCGCCCAAUUGGCCGUGGUGCUUAUGGCCUUGUUUGUGCUGCUGUGAAUGCACAUACUGCUGAGGAGGUUGCUAUCAAGAAAAUUGGUAAUGCUUUUGAUAAUCGAGUUGACGCCAAAAGAACUUUGAGGGAGAUUAAACUCCUCCGCCACAUGGAUCAUGAAAACGUUAUUGCUAUCAAGGAUAUCAUAAAACCACCGAACAGGGAAGCUUUCAAUGAUGUAUACGUUGUUUAUGAGUUGAUGGAUACUGAUCUUCAUCAGAUUAUUCGCUCUGACCAAGAAUUGACUGACGAUCACUCUCAGUAUUUUCUGUACCAGCUUUUGCGGGGACUGAAAUAUGUACACUCAGCCAAUGUAUUGCAUCGUGACCUCAAGCCCAGCAAUUUGUUUCUGAAUGCAAAUUGUGACCUUAAGAUUGGAGACUUUGGUUUGGCAAGGACAACAUCAGAAACAGAUUUCAUGACAGAAUAUGUUGUCACUCGUUGGUAUCGGGCACCUGAGUUGCUCCUCAACUGCUCAGAGUACACUGCUGCUAUAGAUAUUUGGUCAGUAGGUUGCAUUUUUGGUGAAAUCAUGACAAGAGAACCUUUAUUUCCUGGUAGAGAUUAUGUUCAUCAGCUCAAACUCAUCACAGAGCUCUUGGGUACUCCUGAUGAUGCAAGCCUUAGAUUCCUGCGAAGUGAUAAUGCUCGGAAGUAUGUCAGGCAACUUCCUCAAUACCCAAAACAACAAUUAACGGCUAGAUUUCCAAACAUGUCUCCUCUGGCUGUCGAUUUGCUAGAAAAGAUGCUUGUCUUUGAUCCCAGCAAACGUAUUACAGUUGAGGAAGCGCUUUGUCAUCCAUUCUUGAAAUCUCUUCAUGAUAUCAAUGAUGAGCCAGUUUGCCCAAGACCUUUCCAUUUUGAUUUUGAGGAACCAUCAAUAACUGAAGAAAACGUCAAGGAUCUCAUCUGGAAGGAAGCAGUGAAGUUGAACCCUGACCCAACUUGUUAAUCAGUUAGAUGUAACAUUAGCAUUUGUUGUACAAAAUGUUGGAAAUAAUGCAAGGUGUGAUGGGGAAGUUAUGAUUUGCAAUGCUGUAAGACUCUAGUUAUGUGUUAGGAGAUUCCGUACGCCACUCAAAAGUGGUUUUGUUCUCUAGUUAUGUAAUUUGCAAUGCUGCAAGUUAGUGUUAUCUAGAACCUUCUUCAGCGAGGGGACCUGCUCACAACCGGCAAGCUUCCUUGUUGAACAGGAUUUCGAGUG